AUGGUGGAAAUGACGUCCUGUCGAGGGGCCAUCGUGGCUAUUGAGGGCCCCAAAACGGUCGUCUCUACUCAGCUACGGCUCCUCCCAGCGAACUCGCAGAUAUUGAUUCUUCCUGCACUGGACACCUACAUACCGACUCCGGCUUCCUUUCUCGACGUCUUCGACCCUGUCCAGUACCUCAGGCAAAUCAACACCGCCAUGAAACGACGGCAUCGCGAUGCGCAAACGUUUCUGCAACGCAGCAGUGCGGAGGAGGGCAGCCGUCGCCUGGUCUUUCUGGAGGGCGGUGCGGCCAGUGCCCAUGCGCUAUGUCUCAAAGCUUUGAUGCACCACGAAACAGCGGGCGACCGCGGGGCCGCAGAAGCUGUGCUUGGUCGCCUCAUUCGUCAUGGCCUCGCCGGUCUUGCAAAGGCCGGCCAGGAGCGUCACCAUUCAGAGCCCAUCUACUACGCCGCCGGCCUCGGAGAUGAGGACGAGUCGUCGGACCCCAGCACGCGGGCGAUGCGGGCCGCCGAUGCCCUGGACCGCCAGACGGCCAAUCUGCAGGUGUCGAAUGAGCUGGAUCUCACAAUACGUCGCUCGUCGAGCCUGCCGCUCUACGGCUACGCCGACACGCCGUCUGGGGACGCAGCGCCGUUUCUCGUCUUUGGGCAGUCGUCGCUCGACGACUGCACGCCCACGACGGAGCGGCUGGCCAAGUCACCAUUUCACGAAACGCCGCGUUUCUCAGUGGUGCAGUAUGAUCAGCACGGGGAUAUGCCGCCGGUUUUUGGCUUUGACGAUUUCCCCACAGCCAGGUCCUUUUCCACGCUGGAGGGCGGCGUCAACACGUCGCAGAGCGACAGCACCGUCACCGCCGGCACCCACCGCCGCCUGGCCAGCGACACAAUCUCCCCAAUGUCGGACGCGUUUAGCAUGCGCUCCUCCCUCGGCAAGGUGGAAUACGGGCGAGCGUCGCUGCUGGACAUGCGGACGUCUGUGCGUGGGGAUGGGUUCAUGGGCGUCAAAGCGGUGGGUAGAAGCACCGCCACGCAUAAGCCCAAGCUCAGCGAGCCGAGCAUUGAUGAAACAACACCACCUGAAUAUAAUAAUACCCCAGCGCGCCAAUUCACUGAGAAUCUGGCGUCGACACCAAAAAAUUCAUCGUCGACGGCCGACACCAUGCCGUCUACCCUAACGCGUGUGCCGUCCACGAUGAAUCGUCCUAGAACCAUUCUCGUCAAGCGCACACGGCCCGUCAUCAAGCUACAGCCUGUGCCCAGCGGCAAGAAGCGUCGCUGGCAGCAAGGCAAGUCUACAUACAUUGACGACGAUGGCGAUGCACCUACCAGCAAGCCCCACGAGUCGUCGGACUCGGAGGAGUAUGAGCCCAUCUUCCCUCGCAUGGAAGACUUGGUUCUGUAUCUUAGAUCGGAUCUUACACCACAGCCUCUGCUUGAGUCGGCCCUCAACGCCAUGCGCGAAGAGUACAUGCGCAAGUCGUCGUGCCUGUCUCCAAGCUCCAGCGUCAGCACGGUCAGCACGGGAUCGCUCAAGUCGCUCUCGCAGACCGAUGACGACGGGACCGCGGAUCUCACCACGCCCGAGACGGCAGGCACCGAGCAGGACCCCGAGGAGCAGGGAACGCCAAAGACGGCUGUCAAGAUGGCCGCCGAGGCACUGCCCAGCAUGGACGACUACGAUCCCUUUGCCUACAUCAAUCCCGUCUACGGGGCGGCCCAGCCCAGCAAAGUCUCCGAGCCCACCGUCACCAUCUUGCGUCCCCCUACGCCGGCGCAGACGCCGCCACCCAACGAAGGCGUGGAGGCUGACUCGCAAGAAGUCGUCGCCCCCGAAGAGCGUCCAAAGCAACUCGAGCCGGAUACGGAAAAGGAAGUGAUUGAGGAGCUCGAUAGCACGAUUCACGAAAUCGACGUCGAGCCAAAGCAGCCGCCCAUUGGCGUGCAAAACUCGAUCCGCGCCGUCCUCCGCCAGCGCUAUCCAGUCGCCACCGCCGCUCCGGCGUCUGGAGGCUACACGCCGCAGUUCCAGUUCCCGCAGCUGCUGCCGAGCAGCAGAAGCAAGGACGAUGACGACGAUGACAGCCUCUGGCGGCCCAUCUUCCGCAGUCGCAAGACGAGCAGCUUGCCUGCCGGUGGCGGCCACCAACUCAAGCAGAUUCUCGCGAUUGGUCUUCAGAGUGGCGUGAAGCGCGAGUACGCGGCGCGUGUCAUCGGCCAGAUUGAGAGGUUUGGCACAGAGCCGACUGGUUCAGCUCGCUGCACCCGCCUAGACUUUCGAUAUCUGCUCGCCAACACGAUGCAGGCCUUUACAGCCCGGCCGCUGGCGUCGCAGACGGCCGAGAACCCUUUCACCAGCCCGCCCCUGCUGGCGACGCUGAUGCUGCCGCACCUCGAGACAUAUCUCGCCGUGCACGCCGACAUUCGCUUCCUGAUCCUCGAGUACCCGCCCGAGCACCUGGCCACCGUCGUCGCCAUCCAGAAGCUGGCGGGCGUGGACCUGGUCAAGAUUGCGCAGCUCGUCGACGCCCGCAGCAAGCCCGAGAGCCUGCCGUUUCGCCACGUCCGCGAGGGCUCCGUCAGCAGCGGCAGCGUCGUGUCCGCCGCCUCGUGCUCGGGCAGCGGUGGCUCGUCGACGUCUGUCUACUCGAAGCGCUCCUCGUCGCUGUCCAGCCGGUCAACGUACGGCGACCUCAGCAAGGCCAAGGCCAACUUUCUGCUCACGUCCGAGGCGUCGGACAAGGACAUUGGCGACUUUGUGGCUGCUGUUUGGAAUCUGCCCGUGGCUCAAAGACCGCAGUCUGCGCCAGAGGGCAUACCUGCGAGCUCGCUGCCUAUGCGCGAGCCUCAGUCCCUUGCUCCAGUGUCGUCACCAUCCGAUUCAUCAGCCGAGCAGAAGCAGAAGACGCCCAUCAAACGCAAGGCCAAGCCCGCGCCGCUCCGCGUGAGCGCUCUGUCUGCCUUUCCCAAGACGACGGGCCCGCAGAGUCCCCUGUCACCCUCGGCCAACAUCUUAUCCGUGCUCGCGCCGCCCCCACCGUCCAGCAUGACGACGCCGCCCACCUCGAGCAAGCCCAUGACGCUUAGGACCAUUACUACUGACGACUUUUACACCACGUCCCCGUCGCCGGCACCACGUACGCCCAGCCCCGAAGCAGCAGCAGCAGCGCCAGCAGCUGGCGGCCAGCACGGCGCGAUGCGCGUGAGCGCCGUCGGAGGAAGCAACAGCAGCGGCAGCAACCUCACCAGCGCCACCAGCACUCUCCGGCGGCAGCCGAGCAAUAGCACCAUGCGCACGACCAACAGCACCUUUUCGACAGCGUCCAGGGCCACGACGACGCACAUUGCGUACAUGCGACGGAUGCCGCCGACACCACAGUCGGGCCGUGCAUUCAGCCCGCCGUCGACAUCGUCGCUGCUUCCGCCGGUGCCGCGCUUCCUCGACACGCCGUCCAUUGCGGGCUCGACGCUCAUGCACAGCCCCGUCGGGUUCGGCGACGACGGCGCGUCCAUCAUGACGUUUGACCCGGCCGAGGACAGCGACUACGACCAGGAGGAAGCGCGGCUCAUGCCCCUGUUUGGCAAGAAGCAGCGGCGCACCAAGCCGGGCACCCAAAAGGCGCUCAAGGUGUUGGGUAUGAUGGCAUGA